UCCAAAAUUAACUUCAAACUGUUAUGAUCACCAUUUUCUCUCUACCACAACAGCAGUCAGAAAAGGGGGUUGUAGCGAAUGGUGGAGAAGAUCAUCAAUAUGAACAGUCAAGAUCAUCUGAGGAGUACUAAUUAUAAAGAUGAUGAUGAUGAAGAAGAAGUUCAACUUCCAGGGUUUCGAUUUCACCCAACAGAUGAAGAACUUGUUGGGUUCUAUCUUCGUAGAAUGGUUGACAAGAAGCCUCUCAGAAUUGAACUCAUCAAACAAGUCGAGAUCUACAAAUAUGACCCAUGGGAUCUACCAAAGUCAAGCUGUGUGGGAGAUAAGGAAGGGUACUUCUUUUGCAAACGAGGAAGAAAGUAUAGGAAUAGCAUAAGACCUAACAGGGUGACAGGGUCUGGAUUUUGGAAAGCAACUGGCAUUGAUAAGCCAGUGUUUUCACUUGGAGGAGAAGGCCGUGACAGCAUUGGACUCAAGAAAACACUUGUUUACUACCGCGGAAGUGCAGGAAAAGGUACAAAAACCGAUUGGAUGAUGCACGAGUUUCGCCUUCCCACGAAAGAUAACAGCACCUCCACGGCCACUGUCAAAGCUAAAAUCUCUGACCAAGAAGCUGAGGUAUGGACACUGUGUAGAAUUUUCAAAAGAAAUGUGUCAUGCAGAAAAUACACACCAGAUUUGAAGCAAUUAUCAACUACACCUCAACAACCACCAAUCGACACAAGCUCCAAGUUAUGCUGUCAAGUGGAAUCUAAUUACACUCAAGAAAGCUACGUCAAUUUUGGUGCUCCACUCAUUCAACAUUACGAUAAUAAGCCUCCAGUUCAUCAUGUCAAGGAAAGGAAACCACUGCAUGUGGAUCAGUUGAGCUACGUAGCUCAACCACCAUCUAUGGCUUCAUCUUUAAACAUUUCCAGCCCAUAUGGAAAUCAGAUUCUUACGCAUGGGGACUGGGAUGAGCUUACAUCAGUUGUAGAUUGUGCUUUUGAUCCCUUUCUUGUGUGAAUAUUUGUGUAAUUAUAUUAAUGAUAUAUAGUUAAUUGGGACUAAAUUAGCUUUACUAGUUGGUUUGUAAUAUAUAUACAUAGCCCUGAAAGACAAUAUUUGUUUUCCCAUGGACUUAACUUUUUCUGUUUCGAAAGGUACUCAUGCUUUUCUACUUCUUUA